AUGGAGGGCAACAGAGACUAUGCCAAAUUUUUGUUCCAAAAGGUGGCGUUGCACAUUGCGGCAACGCCAAACCGAUACGUGUUCAAUUUCAGAGCAACACACAGAGAGCUGGUGUGGCUGCUCUAUAAGCAACCCCAGUUUGGGGAAAUGAUCCGUUUCUUCAUGUGGGAAACGUUUCAAGAAAAUACGGAACUUGCCAUAGAUGUAUACAAUAUGGCCGUACAAGCACGAUAUUUUAUAAAUGGGCAUAGGUAUGCGUCAGGAGAGAGAAUACGAAUAAGUAAGUCGACUUAUGAAAGAUUUUAUAUUUUUUUCAGGAGGAGACAGAGAAAUCGAGGCCUGUGAGAUAGAUUAUGAUGACCAAGUCAUCAUAAACAUUCAGGCCCCAACAGCCCCACCACUAGACAACGCAGCUGAAAUUCUCAGUGUAAACGCACGAAUCCUGCGCAUCAAGAACUAUUUCGCGCAGCACUACAGUUCUAUAAGUAAGUAAAUUUAAAUUAUUUGACAUGGAAUUGCAGUAGCAAUUUCGAGAGAAACAAGUAAAUUUAUAAUAAAAGCGCCUUUUUCUGUAACAGAUCGCUUGGUUUCACGUGCUCUCUCGAGGGCAAUGAUUGCUUAACAUCUCACAAGGGAAGUACUUGAAGUGUGACGCUCAGAUUUUGAUGAAACUUGGCAUAAAUUUAGAAUAAUUUUUCUAAGAUAUAUGCGAGAAUCCUAGCUCGCGCUUUACAGAAACAACCGAGAUUUUUAGAUCAAAAGUCGGCGAAAAUUUAGGACUUUUUGCCGAAUUUCGGCACGAAAAGUUUCAUGCCUAUUUCAACUGUAAAGGAUAAUGUUUCUACAAAAAAUCAAAUUUUUCCGCACGAAACUGCCAAAGUUAUGGCCAAAAAGCGCUUUUCUCUCUGACCGCUCUCCACGUUGAGCGUACUCUCUCGGAGACAAAGAUCGUUCAACAUCUCGAUAACGCUUGCAAAGGGCGAACUAAAACUUGGAGAAAUUGAUACCUAGUCUAUACCUGACGUGUGUGCAAAAUUUAAAGAAAAUCUGAGCAAUGUACUUUGGGUACCUUGUGAGCGUCGCACUUCAUUUACAGAUCUUUAAAAAUAUUUAUCAAAAAAUUGAUCAUCCUUUUUUUUCAGUUCCACAAUUGUCUCGCACGAGCAUGGCAGACACCACAUGCAUUGUAUGUUUGGAGGAGGUCGAGGAGAAUCAACAUGUUAUAGCCUGUAGAUUCCAUAUGAAUUAUUGCCGAGAGUGCAGAAAAGACGCCAUAAGGUUUGAUGUCAACGGAGUUCAUCCAUAUCAGUGUUACAUCUGCUCAAGGACUCUUCAACUGUACAGAUCUGUACACUAA